CAAAAAAACUCUUUAAUGAAAAUGAUUGUGGAGGAUCUUUACAUUUCUGUACCUAUUUUUGAAGCAAUACAACCUUUACUGAUUACAUCGAGAUUGUUUGGGUUAUUUCCGAUUAAUUAUAAGAAGAAUGGAAAUACAUACAGCCUUCAAUGGUCAAAUUUCUACGGUAUUUACAGCUACUCAUUAUCAGUGGGAUUAUCAUUUUUGACAGUUACGGGUAUGAUAGCAGACAUUAAAACUGAUCCUAGGCAUUCCCUAAGAAUGACUGAUGUGAAAACUAGAUUUGUGACAUGUGGGGACAUUAGCAUUGUGGUGGUAAUAGUUGUGUUUUCUACACUUACCUUACAUUUAAAGAUAAAAAUGUUUUGGAAACUCAUGAAUAUAUUAAAUCAGGCUGAUCACAUCAUUCCAUUUAAAAACCCCAAGAGAAUUAAAAAAGCGUCAAUCAUCUUCAUAGCAGCAGUCACAUUCACCACGGGUCUAAUUUAUGCCUACGAUAUCAUUUUGAAAGCACGAGGGAAAAGUAUUUUGGCGUACAUAAAAUAUUACUUUGCAUUUUAUAUGCUCUACAGUAUUGUCAUAAUGAUAGAAGUGUUCUAUUGGCACAUAAUACUUUUGGUAAAAGUCCGAAUCUCUUUGUUGAACCAGGAUCUUGCCAAAGUUAGAGACCGAACGAAUGUUAGUAAAAACGUGAUUUUAGAGGAUAUCGUCGGGAAAGUUUAUUUAAGCAAAAUUAUUGUUAAUGGUGAGAAAAUUACUAAUAGGUUCAAUAAUGGAAGAACGUCUAGUAUUGACCCCUACGUAAAAAGCGAGGAAUCUCAAAAUAUAGGAAAAUGGUUAUUAUCCCUAUCAAUAUUCCAGGAUAAAAUUUUUGAAGCAACUUCCAUUAUUAAUAACUCAAUGGAAUUAUGUAUACAUGUUAUAAUGUUAAGCUGUCUACUUCAUUUAAUAGUAACGCCAUAUUUUUUACUUACCGGUUUAUUUGAUGGAGCAGAUCCAUUUUAUGUUAUACUUCAAACAGUUUGGCUGUUGGGUCAUAUAGGACGUGUCCUGAUUAUUGUAGAGCCCUGCCAGAUUUGCAUUAAUGAGCAUAAAAAGACUGCUAAUUUGAUAUGCGAACUUCUUACAUAUGAAGCCGAAGAGGAAGUUAAAAAAGCUCUGACCAUAUUAUCGUUACAACUAAGUUAUUGCAAAUUAAAUUUUUCGUCAUGUGGAUUCUUUAAAAUAAAUCGAUCAUUAUUAACUUCGAUUGCUGGAGCUGUUACCACAUACUUAGUAAUAUUAUUCCAGUUUAAUAAUACGGCACAGUAAUACUCUGUAUAGUAGUAAAUAAAAC